AUGAAGGACUACACCGAGAUCAUACUCUACCCUGACAUGCUGGAUCCAAGCAAGGAAAAUGCUACUUCUCCUGCUCUGUCCUUGCCGCAUUUUCUGCUGACUGAGUUUUCCAACCCCGUAUUCGAAGUAGAGGACGAGGCACCGUCCCCAAGUCACCCAGAUGGGGAAGACGGAACCAGUGUGAAGCUCUCCGCCAAUGGCUUUGGUAUCACCGUGGGGGGGAAAGACUAUGUGGAGAGGGUCCGGGAUGUGGCGAGCAGGAAAUUCAAGCCGGACUGCAAAUUCUCCUGGUUGUGCGUGGCUGUCCUGAGCAUUGUUCUCUUGGUGUUACUGACCUUGCUGGUGGGAAUUAUUGUCCUCUCCCAGCUGAAAUCUUCGCACUUGGCCAGUCUCUCACCGGGAGCGUCUUACGCUCACCCCGUCUCCAAUGCUACCUCAGCUCCCUCCACUGGGACGUCCCCGGACUCCACAGCCGCAAUGUCCCAAGGACAGCCACCCCAAGCCAUGACGUCAGCACCCUCCUGUGGAGGGAUCCUGCAUGGUCCCAAGGGAUCCAUCAGCUCUCCCAAUUACCCAGCCCCCUACCCCCCCAAUAUCCUGUGCACAUGGCGUAUCCAAGGGGCACAGGGAACAGUAAUCCAGCUAAAAGUGGAGGCAUUGGACAUAGAAAGCUCCAUCUCCUGCUUAUAUGACCGGCUGGAGAUAUACAGCGAACGUGAUUCUCCCUCUUUAUCCCAUGGGAUUUCCAGGUUCUGUGGCUCAGAUGUACCUGCAACGAUCAACACCAACUCUAGCCUGGUGAAAGUCACCUUUGUCUCAUACGGGAUCACAGCUGCUUCAGGCUUCUCUGCCUGGUAUCGAGCAAUUGCACCAAGUGAAAAGAACUGUUCCUGGGGUGAGUUCCUCUGUGACCACGGACUCUGCCUUCUUCCGGCCUUGGUGUGCAAUGGCCUGUACAACUGCAUGGACAGGAGUGACGAGGCCAACUGCAGCACCAAACACAACGAAUGUGGGGGGACCCUGACUGGCUUGGAGGGCCAGUUCUUCAGCCCCAAUCACCCCCAACAGUACCCAGACCUGCAGCUCUGCCACUGGCAUAUCUCAGUGCCGGUAGGCCAUGUGAUCGACCUGCAGUUCCACAACUUCAGCCUAGAGCCUCAGAAGGAUUGCACCUUUGACUUCGUGGAAGUAUUUGACAGUGCGGGGAUGGGACGUGCCAGCAUUAUGGGCAGGUUCUGCGGCUCAGAAAUACCCCCGGUUUUGACCUCCUCGCAACACUUCAUGACGGUCCUGUUUGUGGCAGAUGAGGGAAUGGUGGAUGAUGGAUUCUUUGCCACCUACCGUGCCCACAAUGCCACGGAAAAAACAUGCAGUCCCUCAGAGUUCACCUGCAGAAAUGGUGAAUGCCAGGCGGCGGAACUGGUGUGUGAUGGCUGGCAUGACUGCCCAGAUGGAAGUGAUGAAUAUAACUGUUCCAGCAUCACCUACCCAGUUGUCGGGUCUACCUGUGAGCCAAUCAUAGUGGAGAUGUGCCUGGGCCUCAGCUACAACACCACCUCCUUUCCCAACAUCUGGCUGACCAUUGCAGAUCAGCAGGGGGCUGCCGAAUUGCUCCAAGAUUAUCAGGUGCUGGAGAGCCUUGCUUGCUACCCAUACCUGCGUGCCCUAAUCUGCAGCCUCUUUGUGCCCAAGUGUACCCAUGACGGGGGCAUCCUCCAGCUAUGCCGCUCCGUAUGCCUGGAAGCGGAGCAGCACUGCCAGCAAUCUCUCGGCCUUCUAGGCAUCCCGUGGCCUCUGAACUGUAACGUCCUGCCCAAUUCCAACAACCCUUUGGAGUGUUUUACGCCAUGA